AUAGAUAUUUAAUAUGGCCCUCGAGUAAUCUGCCUUUGUUCUGCUAAUGGACAAAGCAGCCGGUAUCCGCGUCACCGAACUGAUCCGGACACAUGCCUUGGGAUCCUUUGUUCAGCUAUGACAGCGAAAUAUGUGAUACCUGGCUGGUAAGAAGUCCCUCUGCUACUUUCGGGUCGCUCGAAAAAAGUAGAGUUGCAUACGUUGUGAGAUGGCUUCAGGCGAUAACACAAACAGUCAAGACAAUGAUAAUGGCCAAGGGGAAAUUGACUGGAAGAUUGGAAAACAGCUGCAGUAUCCGCCGCCGGCAGAUGUACCAGAAUAUGUGAAAAAAGCCCUUCCUCCGCGGCCGAAUCCUGGUUCUUCGUUCAUUUGUUCUUUACUAGUCGAGAGUGCUGAACAGCAAUACAUUUCAAAUAAUCAACAUCAACGGGAUCGUCCCGAUGUCAAUUCAGGUUCCCUCUAUGAAGCCGAGCUAGCCGUGGUGCAGCCGCUUCAGCUGGUGGCAUCCUCCUCACCAUGCUCAGAGGAAGACCCCGAAAUAGUAGCGCCACAACCAAGAUAUCCAGCCCGUAUGAUUCUGGAGACGAGCGAGGCCGACGAUAUUAUCAUCAGCCCUGUCUCAGGGACUUUAGCUGGGAAUAAGAACCUACAGCAGUACGAAGUCUCACCGAUCUCACCUAAUGAGUCUGCAUGUAGCCUGCAUUCAGGGGUUUCUUCAAGUGCGAGUCACAACUCCUCGUCAGCAGAGGAGACAUAUCUUAGUCGACAGCCAUUCUUUUAUGAGAAACAUCCUAUUGUAUAUCGAUCGGAGGAUCUACUUCCCACGCUGGAUAUGGAUGCUCUGAACCAAAAGCACCAGUUUCAAUACCAGCAAAUCAACCUCCGGUACAGUGACCCGGGGAGCCCUAUGAAUGGCACUGUGAUACAUCCUCCAACCUCAUUCCCUUCUGAUCCCAACCUCAGGCUCUCGCGCUACCUCGAUGGUGAAAGUCAGGGGUACCCACUGACCAUCAAUACUAAGCCACUAUCACCGGCCGACUUGGCGAAUGAUCUUAAUCAGUCACAAACUCCCACCGAGACAAUAGUUAGCCCCAAAGUCGCGUUCUCCAGCACCAUAAACGGAUUCUCGACACGGUCGCGGGCUAACAGCAAGAGGACGACUAAUGCACCGCCACCUCUGAAACUAAGCGAGCGCCCGCUAGCAGACAGCUACGUUAAGACGCCGUUCCCAGGCGUAGAGCCCGUGCAGCGACAAGACAGCUCGGGUUCUACACGUCAGAAGCAGGACCCAGCGGAGCACAAAGCCAAAGAAGAGCAGAGCGGCAUCGCGAGGAAACGGAACCGGGUGUCUACUCUUCCCGCGUUCGUGUUCGCGAAGUCGUUGAGGCAGAGCGGUGGUGAGACGCGGGAGAAGGAGAAGACUUCGUCGAGCCCGACGGUGAGGAGUAUCUUUUCGAGGGCGAAGUCGUUGAGGAUAGGUCGGGGGUUAGGCUUGGGGUUAGGCUUGGGUUUGGGGGGUGGUUCGGAGGAGGCGAGGAAGGAGAAGAGGAAGGAGGAGAUGAAGAGGCAGAUCCGGCUUGGUGAGCCGAGGUCGUGAUGUAUCCGGGUAAAGAGACCUAACCCAGAUAAUAUACAGAGGUCCUUGUGUGAUAUUGAAGAUGGCCCUAUCUUUAGUGAUUUGAAAAGGCUUAUAACGUUACGAGUAGUUAAAUAACGAUUUCGUAUAAGCUAUUUCGCAGCUUGUUUUUGCGGGCGUUGUUACAACUCAUAAUUGGUG